AUGCCCUGCGAACAAAAAGACAUAGACUUCGACUCGCUGCUGAACCUUGAAAACCAGUACUACCAGGAAGGAUUUCUUGAAGGGCAGCUGGAGGGCUCGAAACAACAGUUUCUGGAAGGCAAGCAAAUUGGCAUUCAGACCGGUUUCCAGCGUCUUCUGGUUCUCGGUCAGUAUAAAGCACUAGUCGCAAUAUGGAUCAAGCAGACACAGCAAAAAAACGAUGCCGGCGCCACAACGGACGACAAGGGUAAGCCAAGACAGUACUCCAAAAUCCUACAGAGUUUAACCGAGUUGCAAAUGCUUAUUGACACUCUCUUUGAAAAUGGUCGAGCACAAGUUACGAACAGCGAUUCCGAUGUCGAAAAAUACGAUAACGUUCUCAAACGGGUUCGUACAAAAAUGCGCUCUGUUUGUCCCAUUUUUGGCGAAAACUACAACGACAUCGAGGAGAUCGCAAUGAAAGUCGGAGGAACGAUACAAACCGAGCAGAAAGAUGAAUGGUGA